CUCAAGGUGAAAAUUGGUUACGCAAUAAGCGCGUUUUAGAAUUGCGUAGAAACCCGAUGUCAUCCUAUAUUAUCGACCUAAGAUGAUAUAGGUACCGGAUAUCGUCACGAAACAAGUUCAUUCAACUGUAGAAUACAUUGACAAAUAGUAAAAAGAUAACAUUAUAUCCAGAUGUGUAACUUAUUGCCAAAUUAUCAAGUCACACCAGAUUGUAGUGAGACCUAUGAAACGGACUCGGAAUUCGCAUAUUCUGAAAACAAAGAUAUCAAGAGUUCCGAGGCUUCAAGGCAGAAAUCUAAACAAAACAAGGAAAGUAAUCCAAACACUAAAUCACCAUUGAAAACUAUUAACUAUAAAUCAAAACUAUCACAGCAUAAUUCAAUCAUAAAACCUUCAUCUCAUUCUAAAUUUGAUCAUAACUCAUCAACAUCUUCAUCAAAAAAACUAAAUUUCAAUAAGAAAUUCUCAUCAAGUGUUCUAGAUAGAUGGGAAUCCAAUCAAUUCGCAUUAGCUGAUGCAAAUAGUUUAAUUAUACAAUUGAAUAAAGAACUAAAAGAUUGUAAAUUAGAAUUGAAAACUUUACAAAGACAAUAUAAAAUGCAAGCUGUACGACUGGAUAAAGCUAUAGGACAAGAAGCUGAUAUGCCACAAAUUGUUGAUCGUUUAAAUUCAGAAAUACGUACAUUACAAGUUCGUCUACGUGAAAAAACUCUACAAUCAUGUAUAGAUCAAAGAAAAAUUCACGAACUACAACAACGUAUUUAUGUAUUAGAGAAAACGAUUGAUGAAAAACAUAAUCAAUCUCAAUAUACUGAUGAAGGAUCAUCGGUAUCACACAAACGAAACAAUAAAACUUAUGACAUAUCUAUAGAAUUACAAGAAGAAAAGAAGAGAAAUUCGCAAUUAAAGCAUCAAUUAGAUGUAUUAACAAAAAAUCAUAAACAACAAAUCAAUAUGAAUAAUGAAAAACUACGAAGUUUACGACAAGAAUAUCAACAUUUAAAAGAUAAACUUCAUGAAAGAACUCAACAACUACAGGAGAAAAAAAAAUUACUAGAAUUACAAAAUGUUUAUAGUCAUCGUAUUCCAAAAAAUCUCAUUUUGAGUCAUUUAUCUAGUUUAUCAUCUAUCUAUUCUACUACAAAUGAAAUGGACAAUCAUAAUGGUCAUAAAGAAGAAACAUCGAAAUCUAAUAAUCCAUUAAUUGAUCAAUAUAAAUGUAACUCAAAUGAUAAAUAUUCACCUAGGCUACCACCAAUCACUGUGAAUGAUAAUAAUAACAAUAAAGUCAAUAAUGAUGUAUCAUUAUCAUCUCAAUAUGUCACUAUGUGUAAAGGAUUAGAACAAAUGCCUAGAAUAGACAAUAACAUAGAAUCCAACUUAGAAGGAUAUCCAUUGAUGAUCAAUGGAAAACUAUCAAAUGAUAAUGAACAUCAUGUAGAUGAGAUAGAAGAAAAUUCAUCGAAAGGAGUUAUCGGGAAUCAUCAAUCAAAUGAUUUCAAUCUUCAAAACAAUAAAGAAAAUACUGGAAAGACAAGAGAAGAAGAACUAUGGAAUGAUUUAUUUGGAUCGAUAAAGGAUAAUGUCAAUAAAACAUCGGAAGUGAUAAAUCAACAUCAAUCUUCUAAUAAUGGAAUUUUAUUCAGUAACAAUUCGAACAUUAUCAAUGCAUCUAUACACAAUUCGAAUUGGAAAACAGGAAUUAAUCAAAGAAAUAAUAAUAAUAAUGAUCAAGAUAACUUAAAAGAUACUUUCAAACAACCAUCAUGGUUAACAUUUCACAAAACAGUUAAUGAACUAUCAAAUGAAUCCAACAUGAUUAACAAUCGGAAUUCAUUCAAUCGAUUGAUCGAUCAUAACAUCACUGCACAAUUAGAUAAUAUUGAUAAUGAUAUUGAAGUAUUACAAAUUUGAUCAUGGAAAUGUCUAGUUUUAUUAUUCCUUUAAAGUUAUCAUCCAAUUGUAAGUAAUUACCUAACUGUUACAAAUAGUCCAUUUGUUUAUUCAUUAUCAGUAUUACAUAAGAAAAAAAUGUUAAUUAUCAUUAUUAAGAUGAUUAUGGCAUAUUACUGUUAUGUGUGAUGUGAAUUUAAACAAUGUACUUUAUAUGUAUAAACAUAUACAAAUGUGUUACUAUGUGAAUAAUUAGUUUUCAUUAAAAGUACCAAAUAAAUUACUUGUAAAUCUAUGAAAGAGUUAAUCUUACUAAUGAUAGAGCAUGAGAUUUUGAUCCGGGUGCCCAAACCAAAGCACGUGGUUUUCUUGAGGGGUCACGUCUGGAACCUUCAACGUAAAGGUUUGAUUCACAAGGCAGUGGGGCAACGUCAAGAGAUGCAGUCUCAUGGUAGCCGGUGACCAACGAUUGGUUCAUAUGCCAUUUGUUCCUUCAGGAUACUGGAAUGCAUGGGCACCACUUGCAUGGAAUAAGGGUUUUCCAACUCUCCUAGGUGGAUCCUCCGUAUCCAUCAACCUGGUUAAAGCACAGGUUAUUCGAUUUCCGUCCUCUCAGUUUCAUAAACAAUAUUCCCGUGGCGAGAAGGCAGUGAAUAGGACUUCCUUGGCAGUGUCUGUAUGCAUGUGGCUUUUUAAGAGCAUUUCGAGAGGGAGAGCUGACUCUCCCCACUCUCGGCCGUACCAGAGCUUCGAUUCAUAAAUUAAUCGAAAAGAUAGAACGGUUCAAAUUAAAUCUAAAGUAAAACAACCAUACGGUCAUAUGUUGUACAACUCCACAUGCCACUGCUUCUCACUAGAACCCCAGGUAAUACCUCUUUUCUUUUAAAUUAUUUGACAUAAAGUUAAAAACAAUGCACAACCAAAGAGUUAUAAUUAGGAUGAGCGGGAAGAUUUGUAACUAAGGCAGAUGAUUUUUGCUUUUCGGUUCCAACAACAGAAAUAAAUCAUUGUAUAUAAAUAAUUAUCACAAAAAUCAAGGCUUGAUAGAGCACCUUCACUGCAUGAAAUAUUAAACGAACACGUCUCAAGUUUAUCUUUCACAAAAAUAUAUACUGGCGUAAAUAUAAGUAUAUUGGAUAGACAGUGACAAAAUCUUCCCAGGAAAUAGAUCGUAUACGAAAACAUUUCCACUAGCUAUUACGUGGAUAUUAAGUUACUUCAGAAUCAGUCAGUGACUAGCUGACGUAUUCUGGAAUGAAAGAUGCUAAAGCAUGGGAAGUGAAAUGCAUCAUCUACAAGAUCAAUUGUCCUCAGCAUGUGGAUUUACGGAUAUUUGAUGGACUGGACCUGGAGGGAUCAAUAUGACAAAUAACAGUCUACUCUAAUCCAAAUCAUUCUUGAAAUUUUCCCAGUUUAGUGUCUUGACGCCUUUCCAAUCAAAUCCGUGCUCAUUGUGGUAUGUAUAUAUUGAUAUAAGUAAUAGUUUAAAAUAGUUUUCAUUGCUAGUCUGUGUUUAUAUGGACGGUCGUUUCGUCCCAGCAAGGAUCUAGGACUUACGAGCUAUUGAUAAACGUUUAAACUUUAAAACACUGUUUGCAUCCAAUAUUUUAUAUCUCAAUCAUUCGUAAUAUCAAAUUGAACGAAUAGAACUCAGAUGUAAUCCGUUUCUUUUAGAAACCGAAAUGUACAGCAAACAAUUCACACCAUUUUCAUUAUAGCGUCACUGACCAUGAA